AUGGAGCUGAAGGCGCAAGCGAUGAUUGUCCAUGAGACAACACCCCAGGAUCUGAAAAACUUCUGUGCAACUCAAGCUUGUGGACAACCCGAGGAUCUAGUUCGGCUUUCAGAAGCAGCUCUGACGACCCUCAAGUCGUUGUGGAACGAGAUCGGCUAUACAGACUACGAGUGCGACAACGCGAAGGCUGAGAUGUUUGCGGAGGUGAAGCGAGUCUUCGAGACGAAGCUGAGCAGCACGCAAGAGGUCAAGUGCAACCUGGUCAGUCAGGUGCGCCUUGUCGGAGCUCGGGUCUGCACGAUCGAGCUGGAGGUAGGGGAGCCGUCGAAGAUCGACGAGCUGAAAGCUCAUGAUACCCUACGAGCUUGCCUUACGGCACACAAAGAGUACUUGGAAGUCUUGGAGGCCAAGAAGGCUGAACGAGCGGCGAUCUUGUCGUCGAGGGCGGAGGAAUUGAGUGCUUUGUACUAUGACCUGGAUGAUACUCUUACCACAGAGCAAACAAAGUUCUUGAAGGUUCUGUCGGACUUCACUCUCAACCGCAUCGAGCAGUUUGAGUCGAGGAUCCAGGAGAUGAAGAAGGAGAAGGCAAGGCUGUCAAGCCAAAACCGAUCCCAGAAGAGAGAGACAUUGAUCAAAGAGAUCCAGGCCCUGUGGUGCGAACUUGGCAUGUACACUCAGUCGGUGACGACAGACUCUACCUUGUCCGUUGGAGAAAGUGAUGGAGACGUGCAGGAGGAGGGAGUUUGCGAGGUUGACAAGAAGCUGCUGGCGGUGGAGGAAAUCAAACUGACGCUGGAAAACCUCAACACCCUUCAGGUGCGACUGGAGGAGCUAGAGAAGGAGAAGAGCGGGAGGAAGGAGAAGCACAGGGAGCUGAUGGAGACUCUGCACGCCUUGUGGGGGAGGACAAGGGCGGAGGAGGCGGAGGUGGAAGAGUUCAAGAAGCAGCACGAGGGCAUCACGCGCGCGAUCCUGAGCAGCAUGGAGAGCGAGAUCGGAAGGCUGGAGGAGGUGAAGCGUGCGAUGAUGAAGGAGCUGAUCCAGGAAGUGAGAGAGUCGAUCCGCCAAGUGUGGGACGAGAUGAGGUUGACCGAGGACGAGAGGAAGUCCUUCGCUCCUGCCCAGCAGGAGGUCUUCACCGAGCAGGCGCUCUUUGUUCACGAGGAGUACCUCGCUCAGUCCCGCGACCGGCUCGCCGCCAUGCAGCCGAUCAUCAAGCUGGUGGACCGUAAGGCCUUCAUCCAUCAAGAGGACGAGGCCAUGAAGGAGGCCCUCGCCGACCCCAACCGCCUGCUGGGUCGCGGACGAGGGAUGGCUGAGCAGCUGAAGAAGGAGGAGAAGGUGCGCAACAUGGUCAACAAGGAGCUGCCGAAGCUGCGGGAGAAGCUGAAAGCUGCGAUCGUGGAGUUCGAGGAGGCGUACGAGAUUAAGUUCCAGCUCAACGGCGUGAGGACGCUGGAGGAGCUGGAGGAGGAGGAGAAGACCAUCAGCAAGGCAAAGGAGGAGGCGAGAGCGAAGAAGGGAGGGAAGGCCGCGGUCCCGCAAACCUCCGCGACCCCUCGAGGACCUUCGAGGGCAGCUGGGGAUGGGACUCCUGCUGAGAAGUCAGCUCCGCACUCGGCGAUCUCCAAGCUCCGGUCGGCCGUGAGCUCAGUUGUCAAGGCUGCGAACAAGGAGAACGAGAGCAAGCAGGUGCCUGCUGAAGGGCAAGAGAGCAAGAAGAAUGCUGAGCCAGCGUCCUGUAUCGGCAAGCUGGACUUCUCCAAGAUCGAUCAAGCCAGUGGGAUUGCCGAUAUCAACGGAUAUCAAAUUCAAAGCCGAUGUCAAAGUCAGUGGCAUGACUCGGUCGGUUCCUGGCAAUAG